AUGGUGGUGUUUGGCAUAUUUGCACGAGCGCAGCUCGAAAAUGUCGCGGAGCUCAGGAUUCCGGAAAGGCACUUAUGGACAUUCUCGCUCAAGGACUCUACCAGCGACGAGACACGCGACUUCGUCACCAUCAGCGAUGAGGAGCUCGUUGAAACCGGGAACACGCGAAACGUCGUGCACGGGUGCAUCUUUUUCAAAGAAUCCAACCGCAGGGGCACCAUCGCCAUCAAGACCAUCAAGGAUGUCACGAAAAACGCAAUCACUGAAUCAAACACGUUCACCUGCAUUGGCGCCUUCGACUGCAGGGGAAUCGACAUCACCAAGUGGUACCCACGAGGCGGAUACCAGGUCGUCUGCGAGAGCGGCGCGGUCAUAAACGACGUAGAGUUCGACGCCUCCGGUGCGUGGGUAGGAUUCGACGAGAAGGCGGGAACCUCAGUAUCCGUCAUGGAACUGGACUACGAGAUAAGGACGCUCUAA